UGUGCACAUUUCUCUUCCACUAUGAGCAGACCAAUCGUAUUGCACAUUUGUCUGGCUUUCUGUAGCCUUCUACUUCUCAACUUUGCCACACAAUGUCUGGCCUUUCCCAAAAUGGAAAGGAGUGAGAUAGCACAUGUUCCUGCAGAAAAAGGGCAGUUUGAGAAGACAAACACAGAUGACCUAGAAAAUAGCUCUGUUACCUCAAAGCAGACUCCUCAAAUGGUGGUCUCUGAAGAUCCACUGAUAGUGUCAGCAGGACCAACAGCUGUGUCAUUAAAUAAAGUAUUCUUGAUUAACAAAGAAACCCAUUCUGUAGGAGCUGGGCUCCUGCAGCCUAAUAACCCUGGUGUUUAUACUGCUACUGAGCCAGCGGUCCCAGCAGGUGAAAAAGUGUUUGGUUCCAGCCAGCCAGAGGGAAUGUCUCCUGAAAGCAGACUUUCCAAGGCCAUGUUAACCAUUGCUAUCACUGCAACUGCUUCUCUGAAUAUUGAUGAAAAGGAGGAACCCCUGGGGAGUACCAACAUUCAGCCCAUUGUAGAAGAGACAACAGAAGCAACACAAGGUUUUCUGAAUUAUGUGGAUAAUCAAUUGUUUGCAACUGAAAGUCAGGAAGGAGUUAGUUUGGGACAUUCAUCUUCAUCCUAUGUGAAUACUAAGGAAAUGCUAACCACCAAUCCAAGGACUGAGAAAUUUGAAGCAGACUCAGACUAUAGGACAACUACUUUUCCCGGUGCUGCGUCCAUGGCAGGCACUGAUCCUGAAAGCCUCACACCUGAUAGGGAGCAGUCUUUGCAGAUGACAGCUGAUGAUACUCAGGCUACUGCCACCAAGCAAUCAUUCAUGACUUCCAAGUACACACUCAGUGUUGAGCCAGAAACUGACAGUCUGCUGGGAGCCCCAGAAGUCACAGUGAGUGUCAGCACAGCUGUCCCAGCUGCCUCUGUCUUAAGUGAUGAGUGGGAUGACACCAAAUUACACAGUGUAAGCCAGAUAAAGACUCCAAAGUCUGGAGACAGUGCAGAGGCUCAGAUGAGAGUGGAAAUGUCCCAGACAGCACAAGCAAGCCAUGAGGAUGUGGAAGGGGGCCAGGCUUUGACAGAGGCUUCAGAGGUGGCUCUGGGGCUGCCUGAAGGGGAAACACACAUGGGGACAGCCCUGCUCAUAGUGCAAGGGGAUGAGCGAUCACCUGCCUUCACUGAUCAAAGUUCCUUUACCCCCACAAGUCUGAUGGAAGAUGCAGAAGUUUCUGUUGUGAACCUGUUCCAAAGUACAGGAGACUUCACAGAAUCCGCCAAGGAAAGAGAUGCCAUGUUCUUCUUAGAGACCACUGUUUCCAUCUCUGAAUAUGAGUCUGAGGCAUAUCGGCUGUUGGGAAAUACAUUGAAAGACAUCAUCACUCAAGAGAUGACAACAGCCGUUCAAGAACCAGAAGCCACUUUAUCCUUGGUGACGCAAGAGCAGGUUGCUACCCUCGAGCUUACUGGAGACACUGACGAGACGGAGGAAGGAAAGGAGUCGCCUACUCCUGAGUCCGAUGUUCCUGGUGUUACUCAGCUGUCAAGAAAAUGGGAGCCUCUGGCCACUACAGUGGCAACUACAGCCGUCCCUUUGUCUUUGGAAGUUACUCCUGCUGCAGAAGACCUAAUGGACCCAGUCACGGGGCCAGAUGAGGAGUUCACACCAGUUCUGGGUUCUCCAGUGACGCCCCCAGGAAUAAUGGUGGAGACACCCAGCCUUUCCCCCACACUUCCUGCUUCUGAGGCAUCCUCUGAGAGAAGCACUGUUGCUCCAUCCAUUAGCCGAGCUAAUACAGCUGCCUCGUAUGGCCUGGACCAACUCGAAUCCGAAGAGGGAGAAGAAGAUGAGGAUGAAGAGGAUGAAGAAGAUGAAGACGAAGAAGAGGAAGAUGAGGAAGAAGAUGAGGAGGAUAAAGAUGCAGACUCCCUGGAUGAGGGCUUGGAUGGUGACACUGAGCUGCCAGGGUUCACUGUCCCUGGUGUCACGUCCCAAGAACCUGACUUAGAGCAGGGAAACAUGGGCCUGUUAGAGGGAGCCACCUACCAGGUGCCAGAUGCCAUCGAGUGGGAACAGCAGAAUCAAGGCCUGGUGAGAAGCUGGAUGGAAAAAUUAAAAGACAAGGCUGGUUAUAUGUCUGGGAUGCUGGUCCCUGUGGGGGUUGGGAUAGCUGGUGCCUUGUUCAUCUUGGGAGCGCUCUACAGCAUUAAGGUUAUGAAUCGCCGAAGGAGAAAUGGCUUCAAAAGGCAUAAAAGAAAGCAGAGAGAAUUCAACAGCAUGCAAGAUCGAGUAAUGCUCCUAGCCGACAGCUCUGAAGAUGAAUUUUGAAUUGGAUGGAGGUUUAAUUGGGAUUUUCAACAAUGCUAUUACUUUAUUUUUUAUUUUGGGGGAAAAAACAAAAAAGAACAACAUCUUGACACAUUGCUGCUAUCAGGCCGUCAGUCCUAGUAUCUAUUGGGUAGUAGGUUUUUCUUGUACUGAGCAGAAAAGUCAUGCUGUAUACUAAAUGUAACAUGCAGUAUUCAGUUUUAUUCUGUAGUGAAUUUUCCACAACUGUGGGCUACAACUCAUAAAUAUGCAGCAUAUAUGUUGUUCAGUAGGAGUUGCUAGGUUAGGUAGAGUAAAUAUUUUGUAUUUUUCCACAGUAUCUUUUCCUUGGUUUGUAUUACCUGCAUUAAGUAUAAUGAUUGUUGCUGCCAAGUCAUGCUUGACUUUGAAAUAGAAAUCUUAACAAAGAAUAACUUCUCAUGAUUGCACUCUACUUACUUGAACCUAUAGGCUUGUUGGCAACAGUAGAUACUGCAUUUGCAUUAAAACUAACAGCAACUCAGAAUGAAAUCUUUUUCAUCAAGAAGAUCUCUCAGUGCAUUAGGAUUAUAUGUAGAUUUGUAUGUAGAUCUUGCAUUAUGUACUAGAGUCUCCUAGUUUUGUUAUUUUUCACCUUGUGUUUUAUUUUUAUUCUUGGCAAGGAAAAAAAUGCACUAGAAAUAAUACAUUAAAUUGACUUUUAAUCUUAA